CACGCGACGCGCAUGUUUCUGCGACGCCAAGCCAAAACACGAGGCAGACUAGGCGUAUACGCGUUGUUUUCAACAUUCCGUGCUAAGUAAAUAAAAUGGUGGAUUAAAAUUCAUGCUAUGGGAUUUGAAUUAUGAGACGUUAAGUGCAACUAGCUGCAAUUUGUGUGAUCGCUUCCGUGCCCCAUACCCCGUUGCACUACCUGUGCCUCGAUGCCGUAGCUGCAACUGAAGCUGAGCUCGUUACCACAUCCGUAUCCGGCCGCCGGUGUUGCACUUGAUGGAUUGUUCAAUUUAGCCGGCGCCCGGCAUAUCAAAUCACAAUAUCCAACACACCGAGACUUAUGUGCGUUCCGUUGAAUGCAACAACAUGUUGACGACACACCACCUGCAUCAUUUGCAUCAUCAUCGCGGCAGCACAGCGGUCGAAUUGGAUAAGGUUACCAAUUUGAACACGCUCAUCGUGGAGAUCAACAGCCAUGUGGCGCUCUUCCGCGACAUGCUGAUACAUGUCGGCCAGGCCAAGGACUGCCCCGAGCUGCGCGAAAAGAUACGCAAGCUGCGACGCACCUGUGUGGAGGCAUUCAAGCACACGGCACAGAUACUUAUGCCACAGGUCAAGAGCGCAAUGGCCGAAGGCAUACUCACCGACAAUCCGCACCUGGUACUACUCUUCUACAUGGCUCAGCUGUUUCUACGUGAGCUGGUGAAAAGCUACCGGCUCAUACAAGUUGUGCCAAUGGAUAUGUCUGGCUAUUAUGAGAAUCGUGCGGGCCCCUCAAAUCUGGGCAAUGUUAUAAGCCAAAUUCUGUUGUGCAAGCAAAUUACGCCCGAUUUCAAUGAGGAGGAAUUAUGCAGCAUAACAAAGGACUCGCAGGACAUUGCCAUGCUGCUAUCCGAGUUGCAGGAGUAUAUGCCGCAGCACGAGGCAUAUUUGGAACGCAAUGCGGCGCUGGAUACAAAUACUCCUUGGCCGGCAAAACGACGCCAGAAUUAUAUAUGCAAGAACAUGAGUCUACUAUGCUGCAUGUCUCGCCCAAAUUAUCUCUGAGAGGAGGCCGAAAGUGUUUAAUCUUAAAUGUUAAACACAUACAUAAGUAUCACACAUUCACACCCACACACACACACACACUACUUGUAUCAAUUACUAGUGUUUAAGUAAAGCCCAUGAAAAGCUAAACACAGAAAUUGUAGAGCCUAAGUGUAAAACCACUCAAUUAGCAUUGUAACCACAGGUCAACGGACUUUCCAUACAAAACAAAUUUAAACAUAAAAUUAUAUACAACAAAUAUAUAUAUAAAUAAAUUUAGGGGAGUUGUGUAUAAUCAAAGUUAGUUAUGCUGCAUAUACAAUACAUAUUUAAUGUAAAAGCUCUUGAUUUUGGCAUUCCGUAUGCCUAAGAGCAAAGUUUAUAGAAGCGUUAUACCAAAUUUGAAAUCGCUGUUAAAAAAGUUUAAGUGGCAUUAGCUGAAGGAAUUCAGUUGAGCUUUAUGCUGUAGGGAUUCAUUUAUUGUAUUUAAACACUUCGAUUCAACCCAGCUUACAGCUAAUGUCAUUGCUACCUUAACAUUUAUCCAGCAUAUAACAAAGCAGUUAAGACUUUUUAGAGCUGUAAAUUGUAGCAACUGUAUAGAAGUUAUUUAUUAUAUACAAACACUAUAAAACACAUUUUUCAAUAUACAUACCGUUGAGUUAACAUUAAGAUUAGACAAGACAUUGAGUUAGGUUGGCAAGGCAAAAGGUUAGACGUAGUCUCCAAUGAUACUAGCAGGGUAAUUAAAUUAAAAGCCCGUACCAGACCUUGCCCUGGAACUGCAACUGCAACUGCUCCUGGGCAUGGGUCUGGCACUGGGCCUGAGCAUGUGUUAGAACAAAAAGCAAUAAAAUAAAAUGUUAUUAACUCACAUACACACACACACACACACUCACUCUACACACUACAAGCAUCAGUGAAAGCAAAAAAGUCCUUAGGUUUCGAUUAGUUUAUUUUAAAGACAAAAACAACAAAGUUGAACUGUGCGCAGUACCUAAAAUCAAGCAACAAGUGACCAAUAAAAAUUAUAAUUAAAAAGAACUUUUCAGUUUUUACAACUUUAAAAUGUCAGUCCUUUAAGAAUCAUGUUAAAUAGUAUAACUAUCAAUUUUAAUAUUAAAUAUAUAUUCCAAAAGAAAUGCACGACUAUUAAAACGCACUUAGUCAUUAUAACAUGUAAUUCGACAUAUAUAAAUUUCAACAUAGUUUUCUAUAGUAAUGCUAACAUAUAUUCCACAUUAUAAUUACAAUUUAAUCGUGUAACGCACAAUUUGAGUUUAAGCCAAACAAGCUUAUUCAAUGCGAUGCCAAAUAAUAUUAAUUUAAUUAUUUAUGCUUUUAUGUUGCAUUUGAAAUGCAUUCAUUUAACACAUACGCUGCAUAUUUUCGGUUAGAUGAUGUAUUCACAUACUUUUGUUAUGUUUCAUAUACCCUGUAUCACUAAAGGAAAUUAAAGGGAGUACCGUACACAUGUAUCGAUGGAAAGGAAAUACAUAAGCGAUCGUUAACCUUAAUACUCACCGAUUAUUCAGUUUCUCUUUGACAAAUGAUUCCGACUAGGCAACGGUUAAAGCUGAAUAUUCAUAACGAUCUGAUAAUUGUCAUUUGUAUAUUUAAGUAUGAGACAAUAUAAGUCCAAUUUUGAUUACAUAUACCUAUUUAUAUUAUGACGCAACAUUUUAAAGGCUAUCCUUCUGUCAAGUACUCUCCACAAGAGACUUUUUUUUUGUUUUUUUAAACUUUUUUGUAUCUCACGUUUAUUGAAUAUUAAUGUAAGGCACAGCACAGCACGGCAAAUAAUUUAUUUAAAUAUUGCUAAGAGUCAUUAAAGAAUUUAAAUCGAUUUGCAGCACACACAAAAUGAGAUAAUCAAAUAAUGUUGAGCAUUGGACAAUUGCUUGGGCCCACUUUCAAUGAAAGCCAACCAUGAAAGCGUGCGAAUAAAAUAUUUAAGCUUCAAUUUUAAUUGUAAAUUAUUUGAACUCAACAAAA